UCUCAUACAGAUGGCUUUUGAGGCAAAAAGAGACAUUCCCCUUUUUCAUUCCGUAGGACUCUGAAAGGGAAGAUUUAAGAGAUCUUCACUCUGAUUCCUUUGAAUUAUUUCUCGGCAGGCUAUAAAUAGGAUGGUGACAUGUCCCCACCAGCUUCUAGUUAAGAAAUAGAUGUGCUCAGAGGACAAGACCUUCUAGCACAUGUUCUGUGUUUUCAACAGGAUGAUGAUAAACCAAGGAGUGGUUGAUACUGAAACAAUUUGACCAGCCACUGUCUCAUGUCUAUGUGCAUUGUGUCAUAAGUCAUCCCGAAAAGAUUUCAGAAAAAUAAUUUGAUGGAAUCAAGUCCCACCGUCAGGGCCGUGCGUCACAGGCCGUGAUGUGGGUAGAGUGUAAGGUGCUGGAAGCUGGCUGUGGAGGCAGAAGGAGGUCCCUGCGAUCAACGGUCAUGAGACUCCCCUGCUCCUUUUGGUUCCUGCUGCUGGUAGGCGCUGGAGGUCUUCUUCUGCUGCACCUACAGGACCUCACAGAGACACUCCAGCAACAAAACCAAGGUUCAAAGGUCAUAUUCUCCCAAGUACAGGCCAUAAGAAAGGAACCGUGUCCUUAUUGUCCUGACAGUUACAGACAGUCUGAUCCAGCAGAAGACAACCUUCCUAGAUCUGCACAACCGGUGCAGCUUCCAGUCUUCCCAUGGGUCCAGCGUUCCUCUCUAAUCAACCCCAAAGACAUCUCUGCUGCCCAUGUCACAAAGAGCCACCGUAAACUCCUCCUUAAGAGCGGUCUGCUUGUCCAGCAGCUCAACGCUGACCCUCCCGGCCAGAUCAAGGAGAGCCCAGAGCAACUGACUCAGGUGCAGCUGUCCCGUCAGAGGCUGAUGAGGGAGGUCUGUGCCAAAUACACAAGCGGAUCCACCAAACAGACUAUAACCCGCAUGCAUGUGUCCCGUAUCUUUGUGGAGGACAAGCACAAACUCCUCUACUGUGAGGUGCCCAAGGCGGGCUGCUCCAACUGGAAGAGGGUGCUCAUGGUGCUUCAAGGUCUCGCUUCUUCCACUGGAGAGAUCCAACAUGACGAGGUGCAUUAUGGGAAUCAUCUCAAGCGACUUGACUCGUUCGAUCAAAAUGGCAUCAUUCGUCGUCUGAAGACCUACACCAAAGUCCUCUUCCUGAGGGAACCUUUCGAAAGGCUAGUGUCUGCUUUUCGGGACAAGUUCGAAAGCCCAAACUCAUACUACCACCCCGUUUUCGGGAAGCCCAUCAUAUCGAAAUACCGCAGCAAUGCGACGCAGUACGCCUUGCGCACGGGAGCAGGCGUGACCUUCAAGGAAUUCAUCCAGUAUCUGUUAGAUGUGCAUCGACCGGUCGGCAUGGACAUCCACUGGGAGCCCGUGGGACAUCUUUGCAGCCCCUGCCUGCUGGACUAUGAUUUCAUUGGGAAAUUUGAGACUCUGGAGGAAGAAGCCAAUUUCCUUUUGAGAAGUAUCGGAGCUCCUAGCAAUUUAACAUUCCCUAGUUUUAAAGACAGGAACCCUAAUGCAGAAAGGACAUCUUUGGAUAUCACAAGGAGAUAUUUUGCUCAACUUAAUGUGACGGAGAGACAAAGGGCGUAUGACUUUUACUACAUGGACUAUCUGAUGUUCAACUACUCCAAACCGUUUAAAGAUUUAUACUGAGCCAUUCACAGUAGUCUAAUGAACCUUCGGUUGGCCCGAUGUUCACAUUUAGUCCUAGUGAGGUUAUUUUAUUACUGUCAAAUGUCAUUGUUUGUUUGAUAGCAAAUCUCAAUGUGAAAUAUUACUCGCGUUCUGUACUUAUCGCUGCAGGCUGGUCCUUGCGUUUAUCUUAAUAUUUACAAAACAUAUUCAAUUCUAUUCAGUAAGAAACCUCUUAAUGGGAUAAUCUGCCCCAAAAAAUUAGAAUUGGACAUAAUUUACACACUCUUCACAUAAUUUUAAACGAGUGUGAACAAAUGACAUUAUUUUGAAGAAUGGCUCAGCUGUUUUUGGUAAAAACAAUGGUGGACAAAAUGUCUGAAUUUUCAUUUUUGGGCAAACUGUCCCUUUGUUGUGUGUGAUUUUGUUCAGACUGUCUCAAACUGUCUUGAAUGAAUAGACUACUAAGAGUGUAUUAAAAGUUAAGAUGUUAUUUAUAGUAGUGUUGAAGGAAAGUGUCCAGCUAUGAGUAUCACUGCUCGAUAUAACAUUGCGAAAAAUUUUCAACAACGAGACAGACCGUCGCUGGAUUUAGUGUGGUACGUCUGGUAAUGGUAAAAUCAGGUUUUUAGUGAAUGUAUAAAAACGAUUUGUCUACAAUGUGUCAUGUAUUAGAGCAUGACCUGCUACACCUUUUCCUUUCACAUUUCUCAUAUUAUGACGUUUUCUGUACAUUAAUAAAUGUCAGCACAAUAUUUUAAUGUUAGUUAGAUGACAUCUCUGCGCGAUUACCUUCUUUAUUGUCAAAAUGACGUAUCAAAAUUCCAGUCAUGUCUAGGCCUCAGUCACUAGUAGAGGUGUACAGUAAACUCAUCACAAUCUUUCACCCCUUUUUCGAAGGUUAGUAACCAUUGUUUACAUUGUUAUCCAACUUAAUUUUUGCAUUGCGGAAGUAAACUCUUUCCUGUGAAUCUGCAGGACUUUUGAUUCAAUAGCCGCUUAUGAUAAGCAACCAGAAGAAUAACAAAGCUUUGCACAUUCAUGUUAAAAAUGACUCAUAAAGUGGAAGUAAUGUAUCACAUUACUACAGACAUCUCAGGAAUGCUUACUUUUCCUUACAUUUCCAAAUAUAGCAUCAAGAUAUAUGUACAAUUAAGAUCAUAAAAUUAUUUAUAUAUAUGUAAUAUGUAUUAGAGCCCUAGUU